AUGGUCGGCAACACGAUCCACUGGUUCAGGAAGGGACUGCGGCUCCACGACAACCCCUCUCUGAAGGAGUCUAUUCGGGGAGCAGACACCCUUCGUUGUGUUUACAUCCUAGACCCCUGGUUUGCAGGGUCCUCUAACGUGGGCAUCAGCAGGUGGAGGUAUUAGAGCAGUGGUUCAUAAACGGGUAGUGCAUCAUCAGUUCCUCUUGUCAUGUUAGUCAUUUUUUUUAGGCCAAAUAUCACAUAAUUACACAUUAGACAUGGCAAAAUGUAUAGAAUUGUGUAAGAAAAAAUUAGCUUCAAAACUGCAACAUUUUCUUUGCACCCCAUGAUUUUUUUUUUAGAAUUGCAGGAAAUAAGCUUUCAACUUGCAAAAUUCUCUCCACCAACAAGAGGGGUGUGAACAGUUUUUGUGUCAUGAACAGUGCUUGUGCCCAUAGAAAUAGACGGGGCGCGGGAUGUUCCCCAAUGGUGGAAGGGGCCCAGAGUAAAAAAGUUUGGGAACCCCUAUAUUAGAGGACGUUUUUAAUUGAGUGGCUCAUAUUGCAUUCACACACAACACAGAUGUGUUUAGCGCAGAUGUAGGUCACACAGAUCCCUGCUUUUUGCAUUCAGAAAUGUUGUUUAAGUUCAAAGAAAGACUUGCCACAUUUGUGAAUUUGAGUCUCGUAGCCUAGGGGCUCUGAUGGAUCCGUCAUGGUGACCUUUUUGAUAGAUUAUGACCUUGUGCGCAUGCCAGACAUCGCUCAUGCACUGUUGGUCAAUAGGUUAAGGAAAACCAAAUCUGGGUCAUCAUAACACCAGGAGGAAUCCCAGUUGCUGUAGGUGGUUAUCGAAUGACAGUGUGUGUGUGGUGUGCCGCCUUGGUAGGAAAGUAGGGCUUUCCUAGCGCCACACUUAUGCACACAGCUAUAGUAAAUAUCUGUGUGCAACACAGGAAAUAAGGGCAUUCCAGGGGACCAAGGACUGUUGAGAUGACUGAUUGAACUUGAAUGCCCUCCCUUUCAUUUAGCCCAGAUACUAUGUUGCUUUAGUUUGGCCACUUAUGAGAAUGUUCAUUUAAAGCAUAACCUCCUGUUUAGAUCGAGACAAGGGGAGAAUUACCUGACUGCAUUACCCAUGUAGAAAACAUCCCUGUACGUGGGGCAUUCUCAGUUGUUUCUAUUACCAUCGGGAGAGUAGGCCUACAUUUCAGCUAGGGUUUAAGAACAUGCAUAGCAGUAAGGAUUAUGUAAGUCCCCCUCCCCGUCCUGGCUGAGUGUGUGCAGGCAGGGGAAAUGGGGCACUGUGUCAUUGGGGUGGUUAUGACAUUCUGCUCUCCAGUCCUAGCAGCUUUGACCUACAUUUUACCCCCCACUCAACCACGCUUCCUCCAGAGAACUAGCCUCCUCUUAUGGUAGCUGCCCUAUUAGCCGGUGAUUGAGCCGAGGUCAGCGCAGGCAACACACGUAGUCCAGGCAGCUUACAUAGCUGUACCAGCCAGAACAGAAUGGCAUAGGCUGUCUUAGCUAUAAGAAAUUACACCGCUCCUCUGGGACCAGCACCAGCCUGCCAGAAUAUACAGUUGAAGUCGGAAGUUUACAUACACCUUAGCCAAAUACAUUUAAACUCAGUUUUUCACAAUUCCUGACAUUUAAUCCUAAAAAAAAAUCCCUGUUUUAGGUCAGUUAGGAUCACCACUUUAUUUUAAGAAUGUGAAAUGUCAGAAUAAUAGUAGAGAUCAUUAUUUAUUUCAGCUUUUAUUUGUUUAAUCAUAUUCCCAGUGGGUCAGAAGUUUACAUACACUCAUCAAUUAGUAUUUGGUAGCAUUGCCUUUAAAUUGUUUAACUUGGGUCAAACGUUUCGGGUAGCCUUCCACAAGCUUCCCACAAUACAGUGGGGAAAAAAGUAUUUAGUCAGCCACCAAUUGUGCAAGUUCUCCCACUUAAAAAGAUGAGAGAGGCCUGUAAUUUUCAUCAUAGGUACACGUCAACUAUGACAGACAAAUUGAGUGAAAAAAAUCCAGAAAAUCACAUUGUAGGAUUUGUAAUGAAUUUAUUUGCAAAUUAUGGUGGAAAAUAAGUAUUUGGUCACCUACAAACAAGCAAGAUUUCUGGCUCUCACAGACCUGUAACUUCUUCUUUAAGAGGCUCCUCUGUCCUCCACUCGUUACCUGUAUUAAUGGCACCUGUUUGAACUUCUUAUCAGUAUAAAAUACACCUGUCCACAACCUCAAACAGUCACACUCCAAACUCCACUAUGGCCAAGACCAAAGAGCUGUCAAAGGACACCAGAAACAAAAUUGUAGACCUGCACCAGGCUGGGAAGACUGAAUCUGCAAUAGGUAAGCAGCUUGGUUUGAAGAAAUCAACUGUGGGAGCAAUUAUUAGGAAAUGGAAGACAUACAAGACCACUGAUGAUCUCCCUCGAUCUGGGGCUCCACGCAAGAUCUCACCCCGUGGGGUCAAAAUGAUCACAAGAACGGUGAGCAAAAAUCCCAGAACCACACGGGGGGACCCAGUGAAUGACCUGCAGAGAGCUGGGACCAAAGUAACAAAGCCUACCAUCAGUAACACACUACGCCGCCAGGGACUCAAAUCCUGCAGUGCCAGACGUGUCCCCCUGCUUAAGCCAGUACAUGUCCAGGCCCGUCUGAAGUUUGCUAGAGUGCAUUUGGAUGAUCCAGAAGAGGAUUGGGAGAAUGUCAUAUGGUCAGAUGAAACCAAAAUAUAACUUUUUGGUAAAAACUCAACUCGUCGUGUUUGGAGGACAAAGAAUGAUGAGUUGCAUCCAAAGAGCACCAUACCUACUGUGAAGCAUGGGGGUGGAAACAUCAUGCUUUGGGGCUGUUUUUCUGCAAAGGGACCAGGACAACUGAUCCGUGUAAAGGAAAGAAUGAAUGGGGCCAUGUAUCGUGAGAUUUUGAGUGAAAACCUCCUUCCAUCAGCAAGGGCAUUGAAGAUGAAACGUGGCUGGGUCUUUCAGCAUGACAAUGAUCCCAAACACACCGCCCGGGCAACGAAGGAGUGGCUUCGUAAGAAGCAUUUCAAGGUCCUGGAGUGGCCUAGCCAGUCUCCAGAUCUCAACCCCAUAGAAAAUCUUUGGAGGGAGUUGAAAGUCCGUGUUGCCCAGCGACAGCCCCAAAACAUCACUGCUCUAGAGGAGAUCUGCAUGGAGGAAUGGGCCAAAAUACCAGCAACAGUGUGUGAAAACCUUGUGAAGACUUACAGAAAACGUUUGACCUGUGUCAUUGCCAACAAAUGGUAUAUAACAAAGUAUUGAGGAACUUUUGUUAUUGACCAAAUACUUAUUUUCCACCAUAAUUUGCAAAUAAAUUCAUAAAAAAUCCUACAAUGUGAUUUUCUGGAUUUUUUUCUUCUCAUUUUGUCUGUCAUAGUUGACGUGUACCUAUGAUGAAAAUUACAGGCCUCUCUUAUCUUUUUAAGUGGGAGAACUUGCACAAUUGGUGGCUGACUAAAUACUUUUUUCCCCCACUGUAAGUUGGGUGAAUUUUGGCCCAUUCCUCCUGACAGAGCUGGUGUAACUGAGUCAGGUUUGUAGGCCUCCUUGCUCGCACAUGCUUUUUCAGUUCUGCCCACACAUUUUCUAUAGGAUUGAGGUCAGGGCUUUGUGAUGGCCACUCCAAUACCUUGACUUUGUUGUCCUUAAGCCAUUUUGCCACAACUUUGGAAGUAUGCUUGGGGUCAUUGUCCAUUUGGAAGACCCAAUUGCGACCAAGCUUUAACUUCCUGACUGAUGUCUUGAGAUGUUGCUUCAAUAUAUCCAAAUAAUGUUCCUUCCUCAUGAUGCCAUCUAUUUUGUGAAGUGCACCAGUCCCUCCUGCAGCAAAGCACCCACACAGCAUGAUGCUGCCACCCCCGCGCUUCACGGUUGGGAUGGUGUUCUUCGGCUUACAAGAACCCCCUUUUUCCUCCAAUUAUAACGAUGGUCAUUAUGGCCAAACAGUUUUAUUUUUGUUUCAUCAGACCAGAGGACAUUUCUCCAAAAAGUAAGAUCUUUGUCCCCAUGUGCAGUUGCAAAUCGUAGUCUGGCUUUUUUAUGGCGGUUUCGGGGCAGUGGCUUCUUCCUUGCUGAGCGGCCUUUCAGGUUAUGUCGAUAUAGGACUCGUUUUACUGUGGAUAUAGAUACUUUUGUACCUGUUUCCUCCAGCAUCUUCACAAGGUCCUUUGCUGUUGUUCUGGGAUUGAUUUGCACUUUUCGCACCAAAGUACAUUAAUCUCUAGGAGACAGAACGCAUCUCCUUCCUGUGUGGUAUGACGGCUGCGUGGUCCCAUGGUGUUUAUACUUGCGUACUAUUGUUUGUACAGAUGAACGUGGUACCUUCAGGCGUUUGGAAAUUGCUCCCAAGGAGGGAACCAGGCUUGUGGAGGUCUACCAUUUUUUUGGCUGAUUUCUUUUGAUUUUCCCAUGCACAGUCAACUUAGUGUAUGUAAACUUCUGACCCACUGGAAUUGUGAUUCAGUGAAUUAUAAGUGAAAUAAUCUGUCUGUAAACAAUUGUUGUAAAAAUUACUUGUGUCAUGCACAAAGUAGAUGUCCUAACUGACUUGCCAAAACUAUAGUUUGUUAACAAGAUAUUUGUGGAGUGGUUGAAAAACGAGUUUUAAUGACUCCAACCUAAGUGUAUGUAAACUUCCGACUUCAACUGUAUAUAUAGGCCUAGUCAAUAUAAAGUUCCCAGUGUGUGUAAUCUGCUUGGGGUGAGUGGCACAACUGAUUCUCAGACAGAAUUGAGCCUAGCCAACAAUGUUUGCUUUGUGGUCACCUUGCAUUACCCUGCUGUUCAAGCAUAUGCAUGAUGAUGACAUUGCUUGUAGGGCCGCUAGUCGUCAAGGGUUGCAUAAUAGGCUAUAUUACCUUUUCAGAGAUCACAUUUUAAACCCUGCUGCCUCCAGUGCUGCUUGGGCUAAACGCUCUACAAAACCUGUUUCAUAAGAGUUCCAAGUACAGCAGUCACUGUGUGAAUGGAGGAGCACAACCCAAAACAAGGACACCAUUCUCAGAUAAGGGUUUGGAUGAAGUGAUGCCUCCUUAACCUCAUUUUAUCAAUUUUCGCCUAAAAAACACAAAUCUAACUCCCUGUAGCUCAGGACCUGAAGCAAGGAUAUGCAUGUUCUUGGUACCAUUUGAAAGGAAACACUGAAGUUUGUGGAAAUGUGAAAUUAAUGUAGGAGAAUUUCACACAUUAGAUCUGGUAAAAGAAUACUAACAAAAAAAACAUGUUUUUUCAAUUUUUUGUUUUGUUGCAUCACCUUUGAAAUGCAAGAGAAAGGCCAGACAUUGAUGUAGGAAUCUAGGUGUGAUUUAGAUUUUGUCCACAAGAUGGCAGCAUUGUGUGUGCAAAGUUUCAGACUGAUCCAGUGAAGAAUUACAUUACUACACAAUAUUUUGUAUCAAGUCUGCCAGGACUUUUCCCAAAUUUUCCAAAUUGGUCAAUUUAUACAUUUUCAGGUACAUAGCUGAUCAAAAGCAGGGGAAGGGAGCUUAAAGGGACCAAAUUCGGUCUCAAUGACCAGUUUCCCCGGGAGAUAAAUGGGCUUAAAAACAAAGGUGUCCAUGUAUGCCGAUGACUCAAGUUUUAUAUUAAGUCUGCAAGCUAGAUCCCUGCAAUGUCUCAUUGAAGUUCUAGAUAGCUUUUCUGGACUAAAACCUAAUUAUGAUCAAUGUACAAUAUUACGUAUUGGAUCUUUAAAAAAUACAACUUUUAUAUUACCCUGCAGGGGGGGGGGGGGAUCAAACCAGUUGCCGUGACAAAAGUGUUUUGUUCUUGUGCACUAUCCUCAAACAAUAGCAUGGUAUUUUUUUGCUGUAAUAGCUACUGUAAAUUGGACAGUGCAGUUAGAUUAACAAGAAUUUAAGCUUUCUGCCCAUAUAAGACGUGUAUGUCCCGGAAAGUUGGCGUUGUUUACAAUGCCAUUCUAGUCACAUAUCGCAUAUUGAGCAGCAACCGUCCCGGUAUAGGGACACAGAUCCCGUAGAGGUUAAAGGGACAGUUUAGUCACCCAACACAGAACACAACGUUUAGACAGUCACCUUCUCUUGACUUGGUUGAUAUCCAAGUUUUCAUAACAAAUUAGGCCUAGUUAAAGGGGUAAUUUAUUGGCUACAUGAUACAAUGAGAAGCAGCUAACAUUCCCAUGAUUGCAAUUCCUUUCUACUAGCCUUCUUUUCAAUUCAAUCUCCACUUUACAUUAACUUCAAAGGCUUUGUUGACAUGAAGUAAAGCCGUUGAUAUGAUGCAACUCUACUUACCAUUGACUUUGUUGUCCUUAAGCCACGGCUCACAUGAUGGAUAUAUGUAUCAUAAUGAGAGCUGGAACAUCCAUCACGUGACCUUGGGAUAAUGUGAAUACCAUAUAAUGUAAAUACCAUAUUUGCCUGAAUACACGUAAUAAGAUCAGCGUUACAUCUUGUUACAUCUGUAGCCUAUUUCCUCUCUGAUAUAUGAUCAGAUCAUUCAUCAUCUUCUCCGUUUGAUUCCAGGUUCUUACUACAGUGUCUGGAGGACCUAGACGCCAGCCUCCACAAGCUAAACUCCUGUCUGUUUGUCAUCCGGGGCCAGCCUACUGAUGUCUUCCCCAGGCUGUUCAAGGUACAGUAAACACUGUCACAUUUGUACUGUAGUAGUAAACCCAUCACGCUACUGUAUCAUAGUUAACCCAUCACACUUACAGUACUGCACAGCCACUGUGUACAGUACACGUCUGCCUCAUAGAAGUACAGGAUGCCCCAUAGAAAUACGGUCUCAUAUAUGAUUAAACUAGUCAGUUACUGUACUGUACUUCCGCUGUGUCAUAUCAGCUCAAAUGUCUUGAUAUACAGUGCAUUCGGAAAGUAUUCAGACCCCUUGACUUUUUCCCAAAAAAAAUUACGUUACAGCCUUAUUCUAAAACUGAUUAAAUUGUUUUUUGCCCUCAUCAAUCUACACACAAUACCCCAUAAUGACAAAGCAAAAACAUCACAUUUAAGUAAGUAGUCUGACCCUUUACUCAGUACUUUGUUGAAGCAUCUUUGGCAGCGAUUACAGCCUCGAGUCUUCUUGGGUAUGACGCUACAAGCUUGGCAAACCUGUAUUUGGGGAGUUUCUCCCAUUCUCUUAAGAUCCUCUCAAGCUCUGUCAGGUUGGAUGGGCAGUGUCGCUGCACAGCUAUUUUCAGGUCUCUCCAGAGAUGUUAGAUCGGGUUCAAAUCCAGGCUUUGGCUGGGCCACUCAAGGAAUUUCAGAGACUUGUCCCGAAACUACUCCUGCAUUCUCUUGGCUGUGUGCUUAGGGUCUGAGGUCCUGAGCGCUCAGGAGCAGGUUUUUAUCAAGGAUCUCUCUGAACUUUGCUCCGUUCAUCUUUCCCUCGAUCCUGACUAGUGUCCCAGUCCCUGCCGCUGAAAAACACCCCCACAGCAUGAUGCUGCUAUCACCAUGCUUCACCGUAGGGAUGGUAUUGGCCAGGUGAUGAGCGGUGCCUGUUUUCCUCCAGACGUGACACUUGGCAUUCAGGCCAAAGAGUUCAAUCUUGGUUUCAUCAGACCAUAGAAUCUUGUUUCUCAUGGUCUGAGUCCUUUAGGUGCCUUUUGGCAAACUCCAAGCGGGCUGUCAUGUGCCUUUUACUGAGGAGUGGCUUCCGUCUAGCCACCAUAAGGACCUGAUUGGUGGAGUGAUGCAGAGAUGGUUGUUCUUCUGGAAGGUUCUCCCAUCUCCACAGAGGAACUCUGGAGCUCUGUCAGAGUGACCAUCGGGUUCUUGGUCACCUCCCUGACCAAGGCCCUUCUCCCCCAAUUGCUCAGUUUGGCUGGGAAGCCAGCUCUAGGAAGAGUCUUGGUGGUUCCAAACUUCUUCCAUUAAAGCAUGAUGGAGGCCACUGUGUUCUUGGGGACCUUCAAUGCUGCAGAAAUGUUUUGGUACCCUUCCCCAGAUCUGUGACUCAAAACAAUCCUGUCUCGGAGCUCUAUGGACAAUUCCUUAGACCUCAUGGCUUGGUUUUUGCUCUGACAUGCACUGUCAACUGUGGGACCUUAUAUAGACAGGUGUGUGCCUUUCCAAAUCAUGUCCAAUCAAUUGAAUUUGCCACAGGUGGACUCCAAUCAAGUUGUAGAAACAUCUCAAGGAUGCACCUGAGCUCAAUUUCGAGUUCAUAGCAAAGGGUCUGAAUACUUAUGUAAAUAAGGUAUUUCUGUUUUGUAUUUUUAAUACAUUUUAGAAUAAGGCUGUAACGUAAAAAAAGUGGAAAACGUCAAGGGGUCUGAAUACUUUUUUGAAUGUACUCUUCACAUGAUCUGUAUGUGAAAACAUUUGCCGUAUUUGAAUUCCAUGGGAAUCCAUGGUAUUGUCUAUGAUCUUCCUACGUGUUCCACUAUCUUUACCAAAGUAAAGGUCCCCUAUUUACCAUGGUAUUUACCAUGGUGUCUUGACUGUGGCGUGACUGACCUUGUCCCUCUCUCUCGGCUUCCCAGGAAUGGCAGAUUAACCGGCUGUUUUACGAGUACGACUCUGAGCCCUUCGGCAAGGAGCGUGACGCCGCCAUCCAGAAGCUGGCCAGCGAGGCCGGGGUGGAAGUCACGGUCAAAGUCUCCCACACGCUCUACGACCUGGACAAGUGAGUGGGUCAUACAGAUGCGCACACACACACAGUCAAGAGAUCUCAACUCAGCAAAUAAAGAAACGUCCCUUUUUCAGGACCCUGUCUUUCAAAGAUGAUUCGUAAUAAUCCAAAUAACUUCACAGAUCUUCAUUGUAAAGGGUUUAAACACUGUUUCCCAUGCUUGUUCAAUGAACCAUAAACAAUUAAUUAAUGUGCACCUGUGGAACGGUCGUUAAGACACUAACAGCUACAGACGGUAGGCAAUUAAGGUCACAGUUAUGAAAACUUAGGACACUAAAGAGGCCUUUCUACUGACGCUGACACCAAAAGAAAGAUGCCUAGGGUCCCUGCACAUCUGCGUGAACGUGCCUUAGGCAUGCUGCAAGGAGGCAUGAGGACUGCAGAUGUGGCCAGGGCAAUAAAUUGCGAUGUCUGUACUGUGAGACGCCUAAGACAGCGCUACAGGCAGACAGGACGGACAGCUGAUCGUCCUCGCAGUGGCAGACCACGUGUAACAACACCUGCAAUGGAUCGUUACAUCUGAACAUCACACCUGCGGGACAGGUACAGGAUGGCAACAACAACUGCCCGAGUUACACCAGGAACGCACAAUCCCUCCAUCAGUGCUCAGACUGUCCGCAAUAGGCUGAGAGAGGCUGGACUGAGGGCUUGUAGGCCAGUUGUAAGGCAGGUCCUCACCAGACAUCACCGGCAACAACGUUGCCUAUGGGCACAAACCUACCGUCGCUGGAACAGACAGGACUGGCAAAAAGUGCUCUUCACUGACGAGUCGCGGUUUUGUCUCACCAGGGGUGAUGGUCGGAUUCGCGUUUAUCGUCGAAGGAAUGAGCGUUACACCGAGGCCUGUACUCUGGAGCAGGAUCGAUUUGGAGGUGGAGGGUCCGUCAUGGUCUGGGGCGGUGUGUCACAGCAUCAUCGGACUGAGCUUAUUGUCAUUGCAGGCAAUCUCAACGCUGUGCAUUGCAAGGAAGACAUCCUCCUCCCUCAUGUGGUACCCUUCCUGCAGGCUCAUCCUGACAUGACCCUCCAGCAUGACAAUGCCACCAGCCAUACUGCUAGUUCUGUGCGUGAUUUCCUGCAAGACAGGAAUGUCAGUGUUCUGCCAUGGCCAGCGAAGAGCCCGGAUCUCAAUCCCAUUGAGUAUGUCUGGGACCUGUUGGACCGUAGGGUGUGGGCUAGGGCCAUUCCCCAAAGAAAUGUCUGGGAACUUGCAGGUGCCUUGGUGGAAGAGUGGGGUAACAUCUCACAGCAAGAACUGGCAAAUCUGGUGCAGUCCAUGAGGAGGAGAUGCACUGCAGUACUUAAUGCAGCUGACUGUUACUUUUGAUUUUGACCCCCCCUUUGUUCAGGGACACAUUAUUCAAUUUCUGUUAGUCACAUGUCUGUGGAACUUGGUCAGUUUAUGUCUCAGUUGUUGAAACUUGUUAUGUUCAUACAGAUAUUUACACAUGUUAAGUUUGCUGAAAAGAAACUCAGUUGACAGUGAGAGGACAUUUCUUUUUUUGCUGAGUUAGCUACUGUAGUUCCUGGCCGACAUACAGUGGGGAGAACAAGUAUUUAAUACACUGCCGAUUUUGCAGGUUUUCCUACUUACAAAGCAUGUAGAGCUCUGUAAUUUUCAUCAUAGGUACACUUCAACUGUGAGAAACGGAAUCUAAAACAAAAAUCCAGAAAAUCACAUUGUAUGAUUUUUAAGUAAUUAAUCUGCAUUUUAUUGCAUGACAUAAGUAUUUGAUACAUCAGAAAAGCAGAACUUAAUAUUUGGUACAGAAACCUUUGUUUGCAAUUACAGAGAUCAUACGUUUCCUGUAGGUCUUGACCUGGUUUGCACACACUGCAGCAGGGAUUUUGGCCAACUCCUCUAUACAGACCUUCUCCAGAUCCUUCAGGUUUCGGGGCUGUCGCUGGGCAACACGGACUUUCAGCUCCCUCCAAAGAUGUUCUAUUGGGUUCAGGUCUGGAGACUGGCUAGGCCACUCCAGGACCUUGAGAUGCUUCUUACGGCGCCACUCCUUAGUUGCCCUGGCUGUGUGUUUCGGGUCGUUGUCAUGCUGGAAGACCCAGCCACGACCCAUCUUCAAUGCUCUUACUGAGGGAAGGAGGUUGUUGGCCAAGAUCUCGCGAUACAUGGCCCCAUCCAUCCUCCCCUCAAUACGUUGCAGUCGUCCUGUCCCCUUUGCAGAAAAGCAUCCCCAAAGAAUGAUGUUUCCAUCUCCAUGCUUCACGGUUGGGAUGGUGUUCUUGGGGUUGUACUCAUCCUUCUUCUUCCUCCAAACACGGCGAGUGGAGUUUAGACCAAAAAGCUCUAUUUUUGUCUCAUCAGACCACAUGACCUUCUCCCAUUCCUCUGGAUCAUCCAGAUGGUCAUUGGCAAACUUCAGACGGGCCUGGACAUGCGCUGGCUUGAGCAGGGGGACCUUGCGUGCGCUGCAGGAUUUUAAUCCAUGACGGCGUAGUGUGUUACUAAUGGUUUUCUUUGAGACUGUGGUCCCAGCUCUCUUCAGGUCAUUGACCAGGUCCUGCCGUGUAGUUCUGGGCUGAUCCCUCACCUUCCUCAUGAUCAUUGAUGCCCCACGAGGUGAGAUCUUGCAUGGGGCCCCAGACCGAGGGUGAUUGACCGUCAUCUUGAACUUCUUCCAUUUUCUAAUAAUUGCGCCAACAGUUGUUGCCUUCUCACCAAGCUGCUUGCCUAUUGUCCUGUAGCCCAUCCCAGCCUUGUGCAGGUCUACAAUUUUAUCCCUGAUGUCCUUACACAGCUCUCUGGUCUUGGCCAUUGUGGAGAGGUUGGAGUCUGUUUGAUUGUGUGGACAGGUGUAUUUUAUACAGGUAACGAGUUCAAACAGGUGCAGUUAAUACAGAUAAUGAGCGGAGAACAGGAGGGCUUCUUGAAGAAAAACUAACAGGUCUGUGAGAGCCGAAAUUCUUACUGGUUGGUAGGUGAUCAAAUACUUAUGUCAUGCAAUAAAAUGCAAAUUAAUUACUUAAAAAUCAUACAAUGUGAUUUUCUGGAUUUUUGUUUUAGAUUCCGUUUCUCACAGUUGAAGUGUACCUAUGAUGAAAAUUACAGAGCUCUACAUGCUUUGUAAGUAGGAAACACUGCCGAAUUUGCAGGUUAUCAAAUACUUGUUCUCCCCACUGUACAUUAGAUCUUAUGAGAACACAACCCAUGUUGACUAAAAGUAAUGGGAAUGUUAUUACCUUGUUAUUAUUAAGUCUUCUAGUUGCUCAAAUACGCAAACAUUAUGUAUUAGCAAUGUAUUUGCAACAUAUUCAUAAAUUAUGCCAUAAUGAUAGUGUUAUGUGAUGCACUAAAUUCCUUUAUCUCUGUCCAUGUGUUUCUGUAGGAUCAUCGAGCUGAACAGAGGCCAGUCCCCUCUCACCUACAAGUGUUUCCAGGUGCUCAUAAGUCACAUGGAUGCUGUGGAGAUGCCCGCCGAGACCAUCACAGCUGAGGUCAUGCGGAAGUGUGCCACGCCCAUCAGUGACGACCACGACGACAAGUUUGGUGUGCCCUCCCUGGAGGAGCUUGGCUUUGAGACAGAAGGCUUGGCUACAGCAGUAUGGCCGGGGGGAGAGACUGAGGCCCUCACUCGCCUGGAGAGGCAUCUGGAGAGAAAGGUGGGAAGGAGUCCUUUCUUUAUAUCCCACCACUACUGAACCAGUGUGGUGGACACAUACAGUACCAGUGUUGGGGUCAAUUUUCUUCCUGAAAAUGUGACAAUAUUUGUAAUAGAAAAAUGCCUUUAUUUCCUGAACAUAGUGUGUCAUGUGCCUGUGAGAUAGACAUGUUCCAAUGUGGUCCUGACUCAAACCCUUUAUGUUCCAGGCGUGGGUGGCCAACUUUGAGCGUCCCCGGAUGAACGUCAACUCCCUGCUGGCCAGCCCCACGGGCCUCAGCCCCUAUCUCCGCUUCGGCUGCCUCUCCUGUCGCCUCUUCUACUUCAAACUCACUGACCUCUACAGGAAGGUGAAGAAAAACAGCUCUCCACCCCUCUCACUCUAUGGCCAGCUGUUGUGGCGCGAGUUCUUCUACACCACGGCCACCAACAACCCCUGCUUCGACAAGAUGGAGGGCAACCUUGUGUGCGUGCAGAUUCCCUGGGACCGCAACCCAGAGGCGCUGGCCAAGUGGGCCGAGGGGAGGACAGGGUUCCCCUGGAUCGACGCCAUCAUGACCCAGCUGAGGCAGGAGGGCUGGAUCCACCACCUGGCCAGACAUGCCGUGGCCUGCUUCCUGACCCGGGGAGACCUGUGGAUCAGCUGGGAAGAGGGCAUGAAGGUAGAUAAUGGGGCAUGGCGAGAGAGGAGAUGACAGGGGAAAAUCUGAUGUAUGUAUGACUAGGGUUGCAAAAUUCCAGGAACUUAAAUAAAUUCCCUGGUUUUCCAGAAAUCCUGGUUGGAGGAUUCCGGGGUUCAGGAAAACCAGGGAAAGUUCCCAGAAUUUUGCAACCCAAUGUAUGACUGUUUAUCGUUGUUCUGUUUGUAUCUCAGCAUGUGUGUGUUUAUGUACCUGUCAGGUAUUUGAAGAGCUGCUGCUGGAUGCAGACUGGAGUGUGAAUGCAGGCAGCUGGAUGUGGCUCUCCUGCAGCUCCUUCUUCCAGCAGUUCUUCCACUGUUACUGCCCCGUGGGCUUCGGCAGGAGGACAGACCCCAACGGAGACUACAUACGGUGAGAAGACCUUCCCUGCACCCAGUUGUCCACCCCACCGCUAUGUUUAACCAGUGUGGUACACCGUAAUAUACCUUAGUGUUUUAUUUCACCAUGCUUGUGACAAGACAUGUAGAACAUGCAGAAUACUAUGACAAACAAUUCUGUUCAUGAACCUGCUAGACCACAAUGUCUCAUUAUACAUUCCAUAGAGUCUUGGUGAGAUUUCCAUGCUGUACCCACUAGAAAUGUCAUGGACAAUUUUUCUCCAUUGUUCAUUGCAGAAGAAGUGUGUCACCAUGGUCCUUUUUUAAAAACUGUGUAUUUUCUCCAUUUGGUUUUUCCAGGCGUUAUCUGCCCAUACUGAAGGGCUUCCCAGCCAAGUACAUCUACGACCCCUGGAACGCACCCGAGAGCGUGCAGAAGGCGGCCAAGUGCGUGAUAGGCGUGCACUACCCCAAGCCCAUGGUGCACCACGCCGAGGCCAGCCGCCUCAACGUCGAGAGGAUGAAGCAGAUCUACCAACAGCUCUCCUGUUACCGUGGCCUGGGUGAGCACAGAGCACAUGACCUGCUGAAACUACAGCUGAUAUCACAGAGCACACGACCUGCUGAAAGUACAGCUGAUAGCACAGAGCACAUGACCUGCUGAAACUACAGCUAAUAGCUUUGAAGUCCACUUCAAAUCAGCUGUUUUCAGAUAAUAAAGAUUUCCAUGAUAAGCUAUUCACAAAGCGUCUCAGAGUAAAAGUUUUGCCUUCUCAAUUAUAAUGAAUAAAGGGGGGGGGGGGGGGUGCUGAUCCUGGAUCAGCACUCCUACUCUGAGAUUGAUUGUGAAUACAGUGACUUUAUUUUCUUUUAUAUUGUUAUGUUACCAUUAUCAAUGAUUAUCUAUGGGGCUGUGGUGUGGUAGAGACUGACUGUCCAACUCUGUCUCCAUUUCACAGGGCUGCUCGCGACAGUGGCUGCCAAUCCUAAUAACGGUGGACAUGGUGCAGGGGUCACAUCCAGAAUGAGGGAGCCGCUCAAGCAGGUAACAAUCCUCCUUAGUUCCUUCCUUGACUGCCACAGAGAAACUGGGCUUUUUCCAAAGAUCAGUGUUAACCUUAAUCUUAUUUACACUGAGAUUGACUGCGACUUCAUCCAUCUCUGAUAUGGGCUGUGGCAUGGGUGGGAAAGGUGCGUCAUGUGAUAGUACUUGUCAGGCACGAUGUUACUAAGGAUAAUAAUAGAGGUUGCAAAUGGGAAUAGGCUUUUAAUUUACCUCCCUGAUUGAACAAAAGGUAGAUAAGAAUAGUAAUCGAAAUGUUUGCAUUUUUCCAUAACCAAUUUCAUAGGGAAAUAAUCAGAUUAUAUGAUAAAAUAUUUAUUUUAUCAUUGUUUUUAAUUCAGGCAGAGGAAAGGUCGCUGUGAAGCGUUGCAAUGAGGACCUCACACCGGGCAGUAGCAACAAGGCCCGGAGGCAGACCAGCAACUAGUCCCUGAAGAGGAGAAGGAAGAGGGGAUUCCAGCCACCCUGCUCUCCAGCAGAGUCGACCAGCGCCUCAACAUUGCGUCCUCCUUCCCUGACUCUUCAACUCUACAGGAGCACAUCUACCUCAGGGGUGUGAGCAGCAACAGGAAUGGAAGAGGAGAGGAGACUGCAAGCAUUCCACAAACUCUGUCAGAUUUCUGUGAAGUCAGCUGGUUAAAUGGAACAUCAGACCACAUGAUGCCCAGAGAACUAAUCGCAGCAUCGCUGUCUGUGACCUUCAGCCUCUGUGGAGAAUCUCAAACCCAAUGCUCAAAUCACAAGCCCACGGUGACACUGUCCCCAGUGUUACUAGAGAGA